GCUUCGGCGAAUUGUAUAUGAAAUCCAAAGCAGCUUUAGCAGCCGGACACAGUUAGCCAGCAUAUAAGAUGUUCUCCUCGAUGGAACCUUUGGUUUAACUCGUGUUUUUUCGGUUUUUCGCCGGGAUUUAUGAUUACCGGAGUCGUUAACGGACAAGGAUUUGGGAAUAUUGUGUCUGAAAGAGUUCGUUUGAGGAGUUCGGCGAGCGGUAAAGGAGCAGUCGGUGUUAGCUAAUCUAUGUUAGCUAAAGCUCACUGGCUGUCUUAUAUAAGCACAACAGGCUCGUAGAUCUGUAGCUAAUGUUUAUUGAAUUCAAACUGAUUUUGUUCAGGUAACUUAAUUAUCGGACACGAGUUUGAUAUUCAACUAUUAGUUUGUGCUCGUGACCAGGUGCUGAAUAAGUUUUUCACUUCGGUUCAGCUGGAAGGAUUUAGUAUUGGUGUAACAAAACACCUCUGGGGCAAUUUAAUGCCCCUUACAAGUGCGACUUUUCUGUUUUUGUUCGUCUCCUUUUUUAGUAGUGGGUCGCAUGAUUGACAUGGAGUGGUUAAAGAAUGCAAUUCCUGAGAAACCUUUGCCUGUACUCUAAUUUAUUGUUAUAUUUUUGGGGAUUUUCUUUUUUUUAUGUCGCAUAGAUUGGAAAAAGACUCAACCUUUCUCCAAUGGCCGUCAUUGCGGGGCAGCCAGAGAAGUGGUCUGUCUUAGGAUCAAAACUUUUAAAUGAACAUUUUGGGAACAAAGUGAAAUAUAAUAGUAGAGAACUUUGUCUGUUUUGGUCAGACCCACAUUGAGCUCCUCGUUAUAUAUAUUUUUAAAUCACUGUGAGGAGAGAAGAUGGAGACGGGAGUUCUGCCUCAGCAGGGCGACCUGCUCCUCCACCCGCUCUCCAACCCUGGAGCCGCGGGGCUCUGCCCCGAAAUGCUGGAGGUGGCCGAGGAGGCCAGCCGGGCUGGAGACUUCAACCUGGCCGUAGAGAUCUACAGCUCCCAGCUCGCAGACCUCCAGCAGCCGGACCGGGGCUUGUGUCUGCGGAAGGGCGACACUCUCGCCCGCGCCGGGCGGAUAUCAGAAGCGCUGGAGGCGUACUGCAUAGCGGCCAACCUGGGCACGCUGCGCCCGGAGGAGCUGCCCGUCCUGGUGGAAACCAUCGCCCGGACUCUCCGCGGGAAAGAACUGGGUCUUCCCGUGAUCCUAAACGGGCAGACUAAAAGCGGCAGCGGGCAGGACGGGGCUCAUAACGACGGGGAAUGCGAAGAAGAUGAAGCCCUGGAUUUGUUUUCCUGUCGCCUCUGCAAAUGCCUGCUGCAAGAGCCCGCAACUUUGGAGUGCGGGCACACUUUCUGCAAGCGAUGCGUGGAAGACGACGCCGUCAAAGAUUGUAUAAGCUGUAAACAGAAGCCGAGCAAAAGCGACCCGAAAGUUAACGUGGUUCUCAGCGGCCUGCUGGACAAACUGUUUGAAACUGAGAGCAGAGCCAGGAAAAUGUGGAUCGAGGGGGAAGUUUUGUGGAGUAAACAGAGCCUGGCGGACGCUUUGGAGCGGUACAAUGCAGCAGUAGAUUUAGCGCCCUCUUCAGGCAGACUGCUAUGUCAACGAGCUGAACUGCACAUGGAGAUGAGGAACUUCAACCAGGCGGUGCAGGAUGCCAACAGUCUGUGCAGGUUAAAACCGCUGUGGACAAAGGCUCACUGCCUUAAAGCCACGGCGCUGAGUAAAGCCGACCGGAACGACGAGGCCUUGCAGGAAUACUUCCUGUGUCUGGCGCUGAAGCCGGACUGGACCAAAGUGAAGCUGGAGGCUCAGAAGGUGCUCAGCGCGGUGUUCUCCUCCGUGUUCGAGAACGAGGACAUGCCCACUCCGCUGCACCCCCUGCAGGGCGGGCUGGCCACCCACCUGAUCAAACCCCCCGCCCUGCUCCAGUCGCUGAGGCCGCUGACGCAGAAAACGGACUGCUCCUCACAGGAUUCAGAGUUCAGCGUAGCAAAAAGCCCCCCCAUGGACGGACCAUCUUCCGAGCUUUCUCCAAUGUCUCCCGCUAAGUCGGACCUGGCUGCAGAGGAAGGCAGCUCCAAAAGUCUGGCCAAUGUUUUGGCUUCACUGCCAGCGCCCCACGGUGGCCUGAAAAGGAAGCACAGCGGUGAUGGAGCCGCCGCGCCGUUCAACCCUCCGUCCAAGCUCUCCAAACCCGAUGAUGUAAAGGCGUUUCAGACGGCUUCAGUUUGCGGAGGCAGAGUGGUUCCUGUUGAUUUACUGGACAGUGGAGACCUGGAGUGCUCACUCUGCAUGAGAUUGUUCUAUGAGCCUGUGGCUACUCCCUGUGGUCACACCUUCUGCCUCAAAUGUCUGGAGCGCUGUUUGGACCACAACCCCAACUGCCCUCUGUGCAAGGAGAAUCUGUCUGAGUUUCUCGCUAGCAGACGUUACAAAAAGACCUUUCUGAUGGAGGAAGUCCUACAGCGUUACCUUGGAGACGAACUGGCUGAACGGAAGAAAAUCCAUGAGGAAGAAAUGAAGGAGCUGUCAAAUUUGAACCAGGAAGUGCCCAUCUUCGUGUGCACCAUGGCCUUCCCCACCAUCCCCUGCCCGCUUCACGUCUUUGAGCCGCGCUACCGCCUCAUGAUUCGCCGCUCCAUGGAGACGGGCACCAAGCAGUUUGGCAUGUGCAUCGCCGACGAGCUCAAAGGCUUUGCCGACUACGGCUGCAUGCUGGAGGUGCGUGAUGUCAAGUUCUUUCCCGACGGCCGCUCGGUGGUCGACACUAUCGGAGUUUCGCGGUUCAAGGUCCUCAGCCACGGACAGAGAGACGGCUACAACACCGCUAAGAUAGAGUACCUGGAGGACAGGAAGGUUGAGGGGGAGGAGCUGGUGGAGCUCCUGAAGCUGCACGACUCCGUGUACGAUCAGGCCAACAACUGGUUCACGUCGCUGAAGGACAACAUGAAGAGUCAGAUCCUCAGCCACUUUGGACAUCUUCCCAGUAAAGAUCUGGACCCACAGGCGGUUCCUGAAGGCCCGGCCUGGUGCUGGUGGCUGCUCGCCGUCCUUCCGCUGGAGAACCGAGCCCAGCUCACCAUCCUGGCCAUGAACUCCCUCAAGGACCGCCUCAUCGCCAUCCGAAGGGUCCUCAUCUUUGUCACCCGCAAGAGGCCGCGGUGAUUCGGCCUCGUGUCGACCAGCUCGAGCGUCUAUGCAGUUCAGAAGUCUGAUUUCCCUUCACGCCUUCUUGACUCCACCCGUUUACGUUUCGGUUCGCUCCUUUUAGUCCCAUGUCGGUCCACUCUGAGAUGUUGAUGAACAUGUAGCCCUUCAGAGCACAUCUCUCUGCUGAUGGCAUCAGGUCGGUUGAGGGGAAACAAAAGAAACUUGAGUCAUCAUCAUCAUCACAUCGUUUUGUAAAGAUGUGGCAGACUUUUUCAUUGAAGGAACAACUUGCAGAAAGCAAAGUGGCAUCAGGAUGAAUAACAACUCCCCUCCUGCCGCACACUAAGCAGUAUUCACCAGAGAGGGAAGCAGGAGACGGUCCACUACAGAAAUCUGCUGAAAAAUUGUGCAAAAACAUAAGAUUUUUUUUUGCAUAGCGACGUAUAUAAUGAAUGUACUGAACGUUUUCUUCCCUUUCCGUUUCUCCUCCCCCUCACCCCCUUUGCCUUACUAACUUUACCGAAAUACGUUCGACAAAUUUCCUUGUAGAAGAACUAGCAACUGCUGCCUCACUUUAAGUAUUCCUGACCGAGCCAAAACCAGGCUAGGCGUUUGGUGUGUAGCUGAGGACGAUGUCAUGACGAGAGACGCACCGAGCCAAAUUUUGUACCCAAUUUCCACUUUUGGCAAAACUUCUUAUACUAUUUUUACAGACUCGGAUACAGAACUAACAGCAUUAAAAAUACUUUUUUCUUGCCUUGCUAUGUGAGCAGGAGGCAGCUUUACACUGUGUGUGAGUGUGAGGAAGAGAAAGUGUGUGCAGUUGCCUGGAAACAAGAUUUCCAAAAUGUAUUCCAAAUCCAGCCUGUUUCAAGCUGGAGGGUAAAAGCUCUGAACAAUGAAACUAUUGGUGCACCGAUCAUGAUUUUGGCCGGUACCGAUUUUUUAAUUUUUUUUAUUUUUAAAUUUAACUGAUGCUGUCAGGUGUUAUGAGGUCACGAUACGCCUUUCAAUGCUCCAAUUUUAUUUUAUUGAAAAUUAUUGAACCAAAGAUGAGACUCUGUCAUAGAAUCUUAAAUAUUUUCUGACGUAUUUGACUAAAUUUAGUUUUUCUUUUUUUUUUUUACUUUACUGCUAACUACUUGAGACUUCUUCCCUCUGUGACGACGUCCACACCAAAGAGCGUUGACGGUAGCGCUACCUGGUAUGUAGGGCUUUAUGCAAGGUGCGUUCAGAGAUCGGAAAAAAAUAACAGAUUUCUGAGUUUCCUGCCAGCCAGGAGCAAUAAGAUUAAAAAGAAAUAAUAAAAAUCUACCAAUUCGUUCGCCAGGCAAUUUCUCGGUGCGUCUCUUAUCAUGGCAGCUGUCGUGGGCGAGGAUGUGAUCCAGCUCAUGUUAAAGUACAAACUUUAGACUACAGCGUGCAAAUGCGUGUUUUAUCCUGGCUUGAACAGAUUGAAGAACUUGCGCUGCGGUGAAGCGCACAAACUCUGGUUGCAUUAACGGACAGACUGAUAGAAACUCAUCCAGAUGUUGCCGAUGUGGCACGUUGUGUCCUAUUGUAGCAGACCGCCGGGACAAAACAGACGUAGGUUUAGGUUGUAAGUGUACUCUUCUGUUUGUGUCUCUCUGCUCUGCCUGUAGCUGGGUGUCGGUGUGUAUAAUUUGGGUGAAUUGUAUGUAUAUCAAUGUAAUUCAGAGGCCUUUUUAAUGUAUUCAAGGAACAACUUCAUUGUCUUCUUUCUCUUUUACUGUUUGUAAUAUUACCUUGCACACAAUAAUAAUGCAAUUCCCACCCCACGGGGGUUUCCGUAUAAACAAUAAGACUUAUUUAUAUUUAAGCAACCUUGAAAACUGUUUUUUUUUAUUUAUAAUUUUAAUUUUUUGCUUCUUCAGACAUUUGCUGUGAACAAAAAAUAAAUAAAAGUCACCAUUAUGGCCCAAUUACUACCUUAGUUUUUAUCUUAUGUGUAAGUCUAAGAUGCAUCUUUUUUUUUUGUUUUUUUAAAUUGAAGAAGCAGAGAUUAUUCCUUUUUUUCAGUCAUGCAAUUUACACAGCCUCUUACACAUUGAUGAAAGCAACAACAAUAAAAGCAUAAAGAUUCAGUUCAAAGUAAAGCUGCAGAGAUCUUUUUGCGAAACACAUCAGCACCUUAAUUUUAACUGAUUUUGUAAACUUUCACUCGCCAGCAAAAGCCCGUAUAUAUGCAGAAUGGGGUCCAAGUUGAAUUUGCGUGGAUCAACACGUCCAAACAUCCCGCUGGGGAUGUUUUAAUUGAGUUUGCGUGACAUUUUGAUAAAUGGUACCAUGUGGACAUAUUCAUCAUGAGCCAGUUGUAUUUGCACGCACAAGGAAUACUAUUGGGGUUUGUGCCUACAGUCUGAAACUCUUCCACUCAUAAGAAAUUAGCAGUAACAUAUUUACUCGUAAAUUGGGGGAAACAAGAAGGUUCCUGGCUUACGUAAGCAAUACGGUGUUAAAUUUGCAGACUGGUGGGGUUUUAAAUAAGAAACUUUAGAAACUGCAAUAUACCUAUCAAGUGGCAUGUGCUAAGGCUGAUCCAGCUCGCGAGGUAGUUGCAUUAUUAGUGUGCAUUAUUUCUCUAUGUUAUUCUGUUCAAGAAGUUUGAGUCUCCUGCGGUUUUCACAGCGUGCUGUGAUUCUCUAGUAUAUUUGUAAAGGGAGCUCUUGUACCUAUUUUUUAUUGCAAAUAAAAGAAACUCCA